UGUAUCCAGAAAGGUGUAGUUAUACCUACUGCACUGUCACAGAUUUUGGUUUCUGUAAAAUCUGUAGCUGAUUUACAGAAACAAAACAGGAGACAUCGCUGGUAAAAACAUUUGGAUUGAUUCAGAGAGUGCCUCCGUUGCACCUAAUUUCUUAAUAAAAGUGCGACUUUCUGUGUGCACACAGAAAAUGCUGAACACCAAACACACAGUCUCUGUGGCUGUGCUGCUGAGCGUCAUCACAGCAUCUCAAGACCACAAAAUCAUCCCAGCUGAAUCUGGACAGAACAUCACUCUGACAUGUCGAGCUUCAAACACCUCCAUCGUAGCUGUAGAGUGGAGCAAAUCCAACAUGAAGACAGAUUAUGUCCUUUUAAGCCGUGAUGGUCACUUUGACCUUCACAACCAGCAUCCAUCUUUUAAGGACCGGGUGGAUCUGCAGGACAGACAGAUGAAGGAUGGAGACGUGUCUUUGAUUCUGAACAAUGUUACAGUUAAUGACACUGGAACAUACGAAUGUCGUGUCUUCAUGGAGGAAACACACUUGUGGAAAUCCAUCAGCACCAUUAACCUGAGUGUUAUUGUUCCUACAGGUUCACCAGGAGCACUCGUAGAGGGUCGAUCUGUUGGAGGAAUUAUUGGUCUGUCAGUUUCAGCUGUGAUGAUUUUUGUGGCCUUUGUUAUCUAUAAAAAUUUAGAAAAAAUAAAAAAAUAUUCCUUGUUAAUUCUUGUCAUAAACGGACACAACACUGUCCAUUUAUUACAAGAAUUAACAAGGGUCAUGUAAGGUCGCCAGUGGUUUAAUAUCCCAUCCCCUUUCCCCUACUUUCAUCCCUCUCCUUGAAUUGCCACCUUAUCGUGGUGGAGGGGUUUGUGAGCUCAGACGAUCCUGGGAGCUGAGUUGUCUGGAGCAUUCAGCUCCUGGUAGGGUCUCCCAUGACAAACAGGUCCCAGGUGAUGAGCCAGACUAAGAGCAAUUCA